UUUAGCAGGAGCUUCAUGUGCCACUUUAUAAAAAGACAAUCUGCUUGUACCAAAUUUAUAACAUAUAACUUAAACAUGGUAAUUACUUUCUUCUUGAUUCUUUUGAGCACAGCAUACGCUAUUGAACUGGAUGGGCAUAUCUAUCAUGCUGGCCCUUCUUCGCUAUACAAGCCGUCUUUCGUUAAAACAGUUGAAACAGAAAAACCAGCACAUUAUGGAUUUUCCUAUUCAGUUCAUGAUGAUCACACAGGUGAUGUAAAAAGCCUGCAGGAAUCACGCAAAGAUGAUAUUGUAAAAGGCCAAUAUAGCCUCAUAGAUUCUGAUGGUUACUUACGUACAGUUGAUUAUACAUCUGACAAGCAUAGCGGUUUUAAUGCUGUUGUACGUCGGGAGCCACUAGGGACUAAAUACCCAAAAUAUCCCGUACCUAAGGCACACGAACCAAAAUUAAACUAUGACAGCUAUAGUUAUGAUCACUGAAGUACUUUGAACCUAAUGCAAAUGUUCACAAUUAUAGCCUGGAUCUUAUCUUUUUCACAUAUUUUUGGUAAUCUAAAGUAUUUAACAAGGCUAAAUCAUUUCAAUUAAUUUUUACCUUUCUUGUACGAAUAUGACUGAAAUAAAAAAACUAUUUAAAUUGAUAAUUAGUAAAAUAAAGAUAUAUUAAAAUAAAUCAA